CAAACAUUUUAUUCAAACAACCACAAAUUACCUUUUAUUAAACCAACAAUGAAACUCGCUGCCUUCACUCCCAUCCUCUUCCUUGCUGCCUCCGUGGCACAUGCCGGACCCGUGCAGACCAACCAGAACCAGGUUCAGACUAUUAACAACCUGGAUGCUGCCACCGCCAACCUUAUUCAGUCCAUUAACCGGGCUGCUAUCGACGCGAGCGAUGACCCGACAAAGAUUCUAAGCAUUGUCUCUGAUCUUAUUACCGGUAUUGUAUCACCUUUGGGCGCUAUAUCAGAUGCUGUUGUGGAUGCCGGAAAGGCUGUAUUGGGUGUUGUUACUUCCAUUUUGGACGCUCUGAAGACCCCUGCACCAUAAGCACCACCGGCUCUUUAAUUAUUUUUUGCAUAUAGAAAAUAAUUUUUUGCAUAGCCAGCCAACUAAAGGUGUUUUGCUGCAGAUGUAGAGAAUACAUUUGUAGUAUUUUACAAGCUAUUUUAAUAACUAAAUAUUAAUAUUGA